CUCCAGUCGCACACGAAAUGUUAGGUUGCUGUCUCGGAGAGACUUUGAUCCGACAAGACGGGCCUUGGUGCUACCAGCUACUAGCUAAACGCUAAGACGCACACUUCACCAAUCACCAGAGCCAUAUCGGAUAUCCUUGAUGAACCUCGACACCAAAUGCACCUUGGCCGAAAUCGAAAGCCGUGCCACCGACAGUCUCGUGCACCAGAUCCUUGCAAUCCAGGACAACUACAAGCUCAAAGAGUUCAAGACGAACGGCCGGCGCGAAUGGGCUGAGCGCCUCGAGUGCCUGUGCCGGAAACUGCCUCACGAGCAGGGAAGCCGGAAGAGGAAAUGGAGACAGGAAGACGAAGACGCCGAGGGUGCCCCAUUGGCUGGCCCGCUGAGAACUCUGGGGCGCAGGAGACGGUGCCCCUCGGAGAGCUAUGUCGCCGUGUCGUAUCCUUGGGACGCCUCGGCCUGCGAGAGCCCUGAAAGUGGCCGGUGGCAGGUAUGGUCUGAAAGAGCUGGGAACUUCUAUCCGAAUCAAGUCAGGGAUGUUGUCCUCGAGCGCGCGACGGCGUAUGCGAAGGCGCUUGGUCUGGACCUGAUAUGGAUCGAUAGAGAGUGCAUCCCGCAAGACGAGCGCGACGGCCAAGAAAAAUCAGAGAAAGAGUACGCGAUACAGUGUAUGGAUAUGGUCUACAGACUCUACCAGUAUUCGUACCCUGUCGCUUUGCUUGUUGUGUCGAUUAACACAGAAGACGACCUGGUGCUUCUUGGUCGCCUACUCCAAAACCGAUUUGCCUGGGAAAGAAAAGGAAAAGAAUACCCCAUCCUCGCAGACGAAGUAGCCGAAAAUCCGGAAAAGACGCUUAAGAUCCUAGAGCUGCUCCAGCGCAUCACGUUUGACCCAUGGUGGUCGCGAGCCUGGAUCUUCCAGGAAGACUACUGCGCCGGCACAGAGAUGCACCUUCUGCUCCCCCACGGCCGCUCAGUCAACAAAGACAUGUUCGACCUCUUCGGCAACAUUCCAGGAGAGCUCGAGGUAAACUCUGCCAAAUUCCGCAGGGCAGCAACACUAUUCUGCCUCGCGUACAAGCACGCGCCAGCGCACGCAAAGGAAAACGUCGGCGUCGCCAUGUGCAACGACGUCCUCAGCAAAGCCAGCCAGUACAACAUCGUGCACAAGUACACCACAGCCGCCCGCGACCAGCGCAAAUGGAAAGCCAUGACGUCGACGAUCCUCGCCGACAUUGGCCGCCGCGGCAUCACGAACGCGUCGGACCUGCUGGCCAUCACCGCCAACUGCUGCACCUACAAUGCGCGCCUGGACACGAAGGCGCUCAAGGACGCCGGCGCCAGCCUGUCCGCCAGUAUCUUGGCGCUGUAUUUCCUGAACGGCGAGAUCUUCUGCGACGGCCCUGAAAAUGCCUCCGCCUCCUCGCAAAGCGUAUACGACUACCUCCGAACCAUCUCCCUCGACUUCAAGCUCCCGGUCAAAAGCGAAGAGCUCACCUUCCUCAAGCGCUGCCGCCUCCCCACGCCCGAGCUCUGCGCCAGCGGCGUGCGUACCGAAGGCUGGCUCUGGCGGCUAGACAGAACAAUCGACUCGUCAGAAAUCCGGACGAAGAAGCUAUCCCGUAAAGCCCGAAAACAAACCGCUGAAGACGGCUUGAGCCGCGACGAGCGUUUCUGCUUGGCUCAGCUGGCUGCGCAUAUCCCGGGCAUCAGAGACGCCGUCGUCACUUACUUUAGCGAGGACUGGGCUGCUGAGUCGCCUACCGACGACCUUGUUUGGAAGGGUUAUAUGGACGAUACGGCGCGCGCGCUUGUUGGUGCUGUUGAUGCGGGGAAGACGCUCUUGCUGGGAAAGCUCGUCUCCCCCACCACCACUACCACCACCACCACCACCACCACCAGCGACAAAGACUACGACUACGACCACGACCACGACAGCUGCUACCGCGGCGUAUUCGUCCUCGACGACGACCACGACGACCACGACGACGGCGGCGGCGAGGCAGACACACCCACGUCCACGCCCGCUGCCCAGAAUAAAGAACCCCGCUACGCGUUCACAGCGCACAUGCAAGGCGGGCACCGCGCCAGCCCCGGCAGGGAAUACGGGCUCGACAAGUUCGUCUCGCUGCAAGUCUCUCUCUCCACGGACACAGACACAGCCGCCCCAACAUCAACGCCAACGCCAACGCCAACGCCGACGCUGACACCGACGCCAAGACUGCACGCCCGCCGCUGGCUCAACGGGCUCGUCUUCCCCCCUCAGGGCGAGCAAAGCGCGCAAAGCGUCAUCUUCUCCUGGCCUGCUGCGCUGCGUCGCAAUGCCAAUGCCAACGCCGCGACUCUCCCUGCCAAGUAGAGCACAAAGCAAAGCAAAGCGCGGCAAGAAUGCUGCGCUGUACGAACUGGUUGGUCAUGGUCAUGGUCUUAGUCUUGGGCUUGGGCUUGGGCUUGACGCUUGCCGCCCUCGCGUCGCAUGGCGCAUGGAAAGGCUGUGAGGUUGUGCGCACGCGUCGCCCACGCGUCGCGCGUCGUUGGGAGUGGGGUUGUGCGGCGAUGUGGUGUGGUGCAAGAGUGGUGGAAGUGGGGCGUGGGUGGGUUUUCGUUUGUCUCCUGCAUAUAUGCAUGCGUGUAUGUAUGUAUGUAUGCGUGUGUGCAUGCAUGCAUGCAUGUAUGCGGAGCCGUUGGAUCGGCUGUGUGGGCUGUGUGGGCUGGUUCUUCAUGGCGUGG